AUGACCAUUAAAAUUGGUUCAGGAUUGGGUAACAGGUGUUCGUUAGCUACACAGUGUAGCAAGGAAGAGCAGUGUAUCUCGGGAACUUGUCAAUGUGGCCGUGGACAAAUUUAUUUCAAUGGUCACUGCAUAAGUAAUCGUGGCAUAUGUAAUAACAGCGAACAGGUGUACUAUAACGGGAGAUGUUUAUAUACGAAACGAGUAAACGAACAGUGCGAGACAACAAGUCAAUGUUUAGGUGGAUCAGUAUGCUUCAACAGAGUAUGUGCGUGCCCAACAGGUACCACGAACUAUAAUGGAGUUUGCUCACAGCAAAACAACGGUUGCGGGGACAAUCAGAUUCUCAUUCAGAAUCGAUGCUACGAUCUUGCAUUUGUAGGCCAAAACUGUCAGAUCACUUCGCAGUGUGUCGGUGGUGCAAUAUGUACUAACAGGCAGUGUCAGUGUCCAGCUGGAACUACACUUGUAGGCUCCAUGUCA